AAUCUUCCUGCACAAUGCUCAAAGAGGAAGGCCUGCUGAGAGCCAACUGCUUCAAUUGGUUGCUUUAGCUUGGCACCUAGACAUAUCCGUGGCCGAUUUUGACCCAAAGAUGAGAUGCCCUUGAGGCCGCAACAAAUUGUAUAUAAAGCGUUUCUCAUCCCCCCGUCGAGGUAACCCAGACAUUUGCUCAUUUCACAAUGACAAAGACAACGGUGCUAAUACUUGGUGACUGCCCUGGCGACACGGGAUGGGUUAUGUUGAAGGUCCGGCGUGCUUCUGGUGAAGUGUCGCCUGCCAUCGAUAAUGAUUAUCGAAGACACGGUAAGAAAGAAUACGAUGCUGAAAUCGAUGCUCUGCUUCAAGUCCUUCAAAAGACUUCAAUGGAGCACAGAAGCCAGGACGGCCAUGCGGAGUAGAAGCAAGGUACGGUAGCCAUUCAACUAUCAUGUUGGUACGAACGGGCACUACAUCUCAGAUAUACAAAUAGUCAACUAAGCUAACGAAGCAAAC